AUGUACACCAGCCUGCAACCCGCGCUUCUUCUAUCCCUCUCUGCCGCCGCCGCCGCCGCAACAAUCCGCGUCGACGUCGGCGAGGGCGGCGCCUUCGCCUUCUCCCCCGACACCAUCAAAGCGAGCACCGGGGACACGCUCGACUUCCACUUCUACCCGCUCAACCACAGCGUCGUCAUGGGCGACUUUAGCAACCCGUGCGCCCCGGCCAAAACGGGUGGCUUCUUCUCGGGCUUCAUGCCAGUGUCGUCUGGCGAGGCGACCGACUCGUUCCAAGUAAUGGUCAACUCGACGGACCCCAUCUUCUUCUACUGCGCGCAGACCGUUCUCGAGCACUGCAAGAACGGCAUGUCGGGCGUCGUCAACCCGUCGUCGUCGCAGACGCUGAGCGCGUACAAGAACGCCGCCAAGUCUGUGAGCACGGCGAGUCACCCUGCUAAUUCCUUUGGAGGCACGUUGGUCUCGUCUGGGCAGACGUCUACCUCGGCAAGUGCCAGCCCGACGAGCUCGGGGGGAGGGACGUAUGGAGGGGGCGGAGGGAGCGGAGUGAGGGCGCCGGCUGAGGCGGUGGUUGCUUUUGCCGUGGGCAUGGCUGCCUUUCUUGUUGGCUAG